CACAUGAUCCACGAUAUUGAUGUUUUGGUGCAGGUGCCACCGGGAGUCGGACGGAGGGAGAGGUGGAGGGUAGGAGGGUAGGAGGGUAGGAGGGUAGGACAGAAAGCUGGAGGAGGGACGGCGGGCGAUAUAAAGCCCUCUCUUUGCCCCUCUCUGUCGGCCCCUCCACUCCAGCUUUCCACGCACCCUUCCCUCACUCGCAACACUGCAGAAUCACCAGUAUUCGCACAUCACAGCAAAAAUGCCUUCAUUAAACGGACAAGAGGUCGGUGCUACCGGCUACGGUCUCAUGAGAAUGACCUGGGUCCCUGAACCUCCCUCGCAAGAGCAAUGCUUCGACACCCUGAACAAGACCCUCGAGCUGGGCGCCAACUUCUGGAACGCGGGCGAACUCUACGGUACCCCGAUCGUCCUGAGCAUCAAGGGCGGGGCGAAGAAGGGUGAGCUCAAGCCGGACAGCUCCGAGGCCAACAUUCGCCGCAGCGUUGACGAGUGCCUGCGCGUCCUGGACGGGAAGAAGGCCAUCGACAUCUUCGAAUGCGCCAGGCAGGAUCCCAAUGUCCCCGUGGAGCAACAGGUGACGGUGCUGGCACAACUGGUCAAGGAGGGUAAAAUCGGAGGCAUUGGGCUGAGUGAGGUCGAUGCGGAGACCAUCCGCAGAGCGCACAAAGUCCACCCCAUUGCGGCCGUGGAGGUGGAGAUGUCCCUGUGGGACACCACUAUCCUCCACAACGACGUGGCCAAGGUCUGCGCGGAGCUCGACAUCCCCGUGGUGGCCUACUCCCCGUUGGGCCGGGGCGUGCUGGCGGGAGCCUUCACCAAGCUGGAGGAGAUCCCCGAGGGAGAUUUCCGGCGGACGUUGCCAAAAUACCAAGAUGAGGCGAUGAAGCAGAACAUCAAGCUGGUCCAGGAGGUCAAUGCCUUGGCCACACGCAAGAACGUGGCCCCCGUGCAGAUCGCGAUCGCCUGGGUGCUCGCCCUCAGCGGCAAGCCCGGCCUGCCCACCAUUAUUCCCAUCCCCGGCGGCACGACGGUCGACAAGGUGACCCAGAAUCUGCAAGGCGUUCCGGUGUUGAGCGAUGCCGAGCUGGACGAGCUCAAGGCCAUCCUGGAGGAGAACAAGAUUGUUGGCGCUCGGUAUUGAAUCUACGGAACUCGGGGGAGCAGCAUAAUACACGUUGAGAUUUGACAACUACUGAAACUGGAUAUAAUUGUAUUGCUAUAGAAGGAUAGGACGGGAGGGUUCCUGGAUAAGCCAUUUGUCAGCGAGGUGUUGGAGCAGAAGCUUCAUGCAUAUUAAGAAUCCAAUAAAACAGUAAUCAGAUCAAGUGUAGAAGAAUCAACAUGCAAUCUCACAAAAGAGGAGACUGUCCGAAUUGCAGAACUCUUGUUUUAUUCAUCAUAAGAGGUGGGCGGUGGGCCAGAAGAAAAUAUCGGUCACUUACCCUGCUGGAGCUUCCCGACGCGUCAAAUACCCCCAAUUGUCUACUGGUUUGGUUAGCAAGACAGAGGAACUGGCCAAGGAACCCCAAGAGCAGUGAGUCCAAUGGACGUAGCACAGCGCAAACAUGAAGCACACGCGCGACACUGCCGUGGAGGGGGAAG